AUGUCGUCCAAAUCCAGCUCGACCACCAAGUCCGAGACCACUUCGACACUCCCGCCUCUUCACAGCUUCCCAUCAUCGUGGACAGCCCCGACAUCAUGCUUUGCAAGCACAAACUACUACCGAGUGCUUUACGCCGACGGCAAGGGCCGGUUCGUCAGCAACAUGUAUGGCACGCCUACGCCUGUCUUUACCGGAAACACACCAUCAGGCGAUUGCUUUCCCCCGUCCUUUACAAUCAACGUGCCCUAUCUUACAGAUGGGAGCGCUUGCCCGACCGGCUAUACACGUGCCUGCGCGACGGCCGGAUCCGCCAACGCGGGCGAGUCGGCGACUAUUAGCACGAUAACGUGUUGUCCCAGCGUUACCGGUGAUGCUUUUUCCUUCAUGUGCAAAGACAACGAAUACGGAUGUCACGCUACUGCCGCAUCAGGCGGCAUCGUCUGGACGGGUGUCAUCACAGACUUGGGUGCCACCCCGGCCACGGAAGAGCCAGUAACACGCACACCUUCUACCAAGGAGGGCAUCGAGGCCUGGGGCAUCAAGUUUCUCUCGGUUGCACCCGGAUCAACUGCCACCAGCAUUCCUAAGCCGGGUCAAAACGCGAGCGACUCUGACAACCAGGGCACGCAGUCUCCGGAAAGUUCAUCCAGCGCCGGUGGUCUAUCGGGAGGCGCCAUUGCCGGCAUCGUGGUUGGAAGCAUUGCUGGGGUUGCGCUUCUAGCUAUUGGCGCUUUCCUCUUGUACCGGAGAAAAAGUUCCAACUCUGGGCCGCAGUACCAUGCGCCCGCUCCUGGAAAAUACCCAAACCAACCUGCAAACGAUCCGUACCAGCCCAGCGAGAUGGAAGCGGCGUCGCCCGACCCGACACAACACGCGCUGCCGCAAACUCGAGCCCGGCAAGAACCUGUUGAGUUGAGUGCAUAG